CUCUCGCACUUCACAGGGUGUCCUGGUAGACCGACUGAUUUGUUAUCUUCGUCCGGCCUCGGCGCCUCCCCACAGAAUUGAUGGCGUCUAGCUUUCGCUAUUAGUUGGUGGAGUUGGGCGCACUGAGCUGAUAAUUCGAGUAAUGGGCUGUUGUGUAUCUUCGUUUUCCAAGGACUCUAUUCCCCAAAGCAGUCCUCAUUUGGAUUAUCAAAAGAACAACAUCCUCAAUCUUCCUUCCUCCUCCAACGGCGCUGAUAAUACCGCUGCUGCUGCUGACUUUCCACCGUUCUCGGAGUUCUCCCUCGCCGACCUCAAAGCUGCUACCAACAACUUCGGCCCCGAUCACAUCGUUUCCGAGAGCGGGGAGAAAGCCCCCAAUGUCGUCUACAAAGGUCAUUUUCAGAACCGUUCUAUUGCCGUCAAGAAAUUCACUAAAUUGGCCUGGCCCGACCCUAAGCAGUUCGCGGAUGAAGCUUUGGCUGUUGGAAAACUAAGACACAAGAGGCUUGCCAAUUUGAUUGGUUAUUGUUGUGAUGGGGAUGAGAGACUUCUCGUUGCAGAGUACAUGCCCAACGACACUCUCGCUAAACAUCUAUUUCAUUGGGAGAAUCAGACAAUUGAGUGGGCCAUGCGGUUAAGAGUUGCCUUGAACAUUGCUGAAGCAUUAGAUUAUUGUCAUAGAGAAGGCCAUCCGUUGUACCAUGACUUGAAUGCUUACAGGGUUCUCUUUGAUGAGAAUGGUGAUCCCCGACUUUCAUGUUUUGGUUUGAUGAAGAAUAGCAGGGAUGGGAAAAGUUAUAGCACAAAUCUUGCUUAUACACCUCCUGAGUAUCUGAGAAAUGGGAGGGUGACCCCGGAAAGUGUCAUCUUCAGCUUUGGAACUGUGCUAUUGGAUCUUCUAAGUGGAAAACAUAUCCCUCCAAGCCAUGCUCUCGAUAUGAUAAGGGGCAAGCAUAUCCUAAUCCUUAUGGAUUCGCAUUUGGAGGGAAAAUUUUCAACUGACGAAGCAACUGUGGUUUUAGAUCUAGCCUCACAAUGUUUGCAGUAUGAACCUCGGGAGCGGCCCAAGACUAGGGACCUUGUUUUCACACUCUCCCCACUACAAAAUAAACCUGAUGUUCCAUCAAAUGUAAUGCUAGGCAUUCCAAAACAAGAGGAAGCACCUCCUACUCUUCAGCAUCCUUUGUCUCCAAUGGGUGAUGCCUGUUCUCGAAGGGACCUUACAGCUAUCCAUCAGAUUCUGUUAAUGGCCCACUACAGAGAUGAUGAAGGGACUAAUGAGUUAUCUUUCCAAGAGUGGACCCAGCAAAUGAGGGAUAUGUUGGAGGCAAGAAAGCGUGGAGACUUGGCUUUUCGUGACAAGGAUUUUAAAACUGCAAUGGAGUGUUACUCCCAGUUCAUCGAGGUGGGCACAAUGGUAUCCCCUACAGUGUAUGCUCGGAGGAGUCUUUGCCAUCUGAUGUGUGAUCAACCUGAUGCUGCUCUAAGAGAUGCAAUGCAAGCGCAAUGUGUGUAUCCCGAGUGGUCCACAGCAUUUUACAUGCAGGCCGUUGCUCUUUCUAAAUUAAACAUGGACAAGGAUGCUGCUGACAUGCUCAAUGAGGCUGCUGCCCUCGAAGACAAAAGACGGGGCAAAGGCUCUUCCUCUUGAUAUGCACUUCUUCUGUUAGAGUAUCAAAAGGUGUGUGUAUACUGUAAGUUUGGAAUUUAUUUCAUUCAAAACCUGUAACAUAUUUUUCGUCAGUUCUUGUGCUACCUUUUCCCCUGUAUUUGACGAAACAUUUAAUUGAUUCUUACUCUAUACGUGUC